AUGGGUCUUACAUUCUCGAAGCUGUUCGACAAGUUGUGGGGAAAGAAGGAGAUGAGAAUCUUGAUGGUUGGUUUGGAUGCUGCCGGAAAGACCACCAUCCUGUACAAGCUCAAGCUUGGUGAGAUCGUCACCACUAUCCCAACAAUCGGAUUCAACGUCGAGACCGUCGAAUACAAGAACAUCCAGUUCACCGUAUGGGAUGUCGGAGGACAGGACAAGAUCAGGCCUUUGUGGAGGCAUUACUUCCAAAACACCCAGGGUAUUAUCUUCGUUGUCGACUCCAACGAUCGCGACCGUGUUGUUGAGGCCAGGGAGGAGUUGCAGCGCAUGUUGAACGAGGAUGAGCUUAGGGAUGCUCUGCUCCUGGUCUUCGCCAACAAGCAGGAUCUGCCAAACGCCAUGAACGCCGCCGAAAUCACCGAUAAGCUUGGUCUGCACAGCUUGAGACAGCGUGGCUGGUACAUUCAAUCCACUUGCGCUACCUCCGGUGAUGGACUUUACGAGGGUCUUGAGUGGCUCAGCAGCGCUCUCCGCAAGACUGGCCAGAACUAAGAUUUGUAACACAUAUCAUCUCUCCUCAAUCGUUCAUCACAGCUCAGCCAAUCAUCCAUCUACGACAAAUGCUUUUACACAUCCCUAUCCUGGUCUUUUGUCACUUCAGCGGUUUGAAUCCUAUGAGAGGCGCAAGGGUGGAUUUUGUUCGAUGGCGAAGUUCUGUGGCUCUUUGCUUUCCUGCAUGGCUCUGGCUUCGCCUUCGUGAAGCCUUUCUCUUUGCGUGCCUUUUGGGUCUCCUCUCUCAGUCUGCUUGAUGUUGUCUUUAUGGUAUAAAAGCAGUCGGUAGAUUAGGGAUGAGACGUGGUUGGUAGUUUACUCGAUAAUGGAUUUUACUUUAGAGCAGGAUCGUCAUGUGUCAUCUAAUCAUAUUCUUAACUCUGA